UACGGCGGAUAUGGAGAUACCACAUUUCCUUUGCCUUCUCUUGAGUUCAUCUACAUCGAGUUUUAUAUAAACAAUAUCCGUUUCCAUUUUAUAAAAGUUUACAAAUGUAAACAAUCGAUAAAUGUGGGACAGGUUUGGAGAAGGCAGGGUGACGAGGCAGGGUGAGUCAUCAUGCGCGUCGAAUCCGGAAUAUCCCGUAGUGCCUUCAGCUGCCUAUAUAACACUGCACUUGGAAUAGGAGCAGACUAUAGCUUCCAUCAAGAAGAAAAUGCAUCUAGCAACAUUACCGGUGAUAUUUUUCACAGCUCUGGCUUUCACGCCAUGUAGCAGCAAUUCGCAAGGAGCACCGACGUACAGGUGGACAGAUGACGUGACGGGGGAAUCCGUGACGUGUGAGAAGUGUCCUCCAGGCACCUACGUGGUGAAGCACUGCUCUAAAAACAGGAGAACCGAGUGCGGGACUUGCCCGGACUUACACUACACAGAGUUCUGGAAUUACGUAGAGCGCUGCAGAUACUGCAAUGUUUUCUGUACGGAAGAACAGUACGAGAAAACACCGUGCAGCAUUACGCGUAAUAGAGAGUGCGCCUGUAAAUCUGGAUAUUAUUUAAAUUACGGGUUCUGUUCAAAGCACAGCGCUUGUCCACCUGGAGAGGGCGUAAGCAUUAAUGGCACGGAGCAUGCCGAUGUCAAGUGUGCUCCAUGUGAAGAAGGUUAUUUUUCAUCUGAGUAUUCCAGCACGAAAGCUUGUCAGAAACAUUCUGAGUGCAAGGCUGGUGAAAGAGCUAUUCCUGGCACGGAGAAACAGGACACAUUCUGCACGACCUGCAAUUUUCAUUCAGAAUCUUCAAGCUCUCCCGAAGAUCGUGCUGUGUGUGAACGGGCAGUGAUUGACUUCGUUUCCCAGCAUCACCUGCAACCCAGGAAACACAAACGACUUGUCAACGCAGCCAGAAGGAUGGCGACCCUGAGCACAGAAAAUGAGGCCCUGUUAGAUCUGUUUGUGUCCAUUCAGAAGAGUCAUUCUAGCAAACCAUUUGUCAAUGUAAUGGUUGAAAUCUUGCAAAAAGCCAGGUUGCCUCAUUUAGAAAGUAAAGUAAGGAGGUGGUUCCUGGAUGAAUAUUAAUUUAAAUAGGUUAAUUAAAUAGGUUAGUUUUAGUAAUCACAAGCUGUUAGAAACAUUGUUCAAUUAUACAGUAAUGGUCAGAAUUAUGGCAUA